CUCGUUCGAAACGUUGGCACCAACAGCACGCCAGAUAUUGUUGCGAAUUCAUAGGUAGAGGUACGAGAAUUGCGUGAAUGUCGACAACCGAUUUGUGCGAGUGACGUCUGAACCAGAUUCUAUGUGCAAGACACUCGUAUAUGAAUGGAGAUCAGAGUCAUUUCGUCAUAUCGUCUUCAUUAAUAAACAUUGAUGUCAAUGUAAGCAACAAUGGAAGAUUUUUCGGACGAUGAAGAAUUCAAACAGCAUGAAGAACCCUAUAGAUACCGCAGAUCCGGAUGAAAGAAUUACGUUAAGGGCAAAGUUGGAGACCUUCGACGACAUCUUACCGUAUGUUGGCGACUUUGGCAGAUAUCAAUGGUUGCUUCUAUUGGCCUUGCUUCCCUACAGCGUGACAUACGCCACCCUGUACUUCUCGCAGUUCUUUCUUACUCUGGUGCCGCAGGAACAUUGGUGUAAAAUAGAGGAACUAAUGUUUUCAAACUUCACACAAGAAGAAAGAGUGGAGAUUGGCGUACCAAAGUCGCAGAAUUAUCCGUACUACGACCAAUGUCAUCGAAGGGAUUUGGACUUCUUCACUCUUCUAGAUCAUAGGAAGGACAUUCGUUCGAUCGAAUGGAAGGCAAACAAAACCGUGGAUUGCAACCAAUGGGAAUACAAUUUCACGCAGAUCCCUUAUGCUAGCAUAGCGACUGAGCUAGAUUGGGUAUGUGACCAGGAGUAUCUCAUAUCAACGGCACAGUCGAUCUUCUUCGGCGGUUCCAUCGUCGGUGGCUUGCUCUUCGGAUGGAUCGCUGAUCACAGAGGCAGGAUCCCUGCCUUGAUGCUCUGUAACGGCAUCGGACUUCUGGCUUCGAUCGCAACUGCGAGCGCGAAUAAUUUCUGGUCCUUCGCUGUCUGUAGAUUUCUCACUGGUCUGGCAUUCGACAAUUGCAUCAACAUUCCGCUGAUUAUCGUGCUUGAGUACAUGGCCGUGAAGAGGCGGACCCUUGUCGUUAAUAUUGCAUUUGGCAUAUACUUUGCCGUUGGAAGCACAGUUCUGCCAUGGAUUGCGUACUACAUCGCAAACUGGAGAUUCUUCGCCUAUAUUAGCGCAAUCCCGAUGAUGAGCGUCUUUAUCACGCCAUGGAUUCUUCCCGAAAGCGCUCGAUGGUUCGUUGCCAACGGCAGAAUAGAUAAAAUGGUGCAGAAGCUAAGGCGGAUAGCGAAGAUCAACAAGAAGUACCCUGACACGCGCAUCUUCGAAGUUUUCGUCAGAAAUUUGACCACGGCUGAUACCCAGAGGGAAAGCGCGACCAUCUUUGAUAUUCUGAAAUCGCCGCGUCUAACAAAGAAUACCAUUUUACUAAUUUUUUUUUGGUCCUUGACGGUGAUAGCUUUCGACAGUCACGUAUACUCCCUCAAGCUGAUCCCGAGUUCGGUGUUUGUGUCUUUCUCCCUCGCCUGCUCGACCGAGCUGCCGGCCGGGCUGUUGCUGACGUUGCUGUUGGACCGCUGGGGUCGCCGAUUCUGCGGAUUUAUCACCAUGGCCAUGACUUGCCUUUUCAGCUUCGCCGAACUGCUGUUACACUCGAUCGCAGCAAAGCUGACGAUGUCGGUGCUCUCGCGAUUUUGUCUGAAUAUGGCAGCCAAUGUGGGCCUUCAAUACGCCGCCGAGUUGCUGCCGACUCCAAUUAGGACGCAAGGUGUUGCAUUGAUCCACAUCUUUGGUAUUAUUGCCCAUUCCAUAGCGCCAUAUGUGGUGGAUAGUGCCAAGGUUUGGUACGGGCUGCCAAUGAUGAUCAUCAGCAUUGUGUCGUUUGCAGCCGCUGCCCUAAUAUUGUUCCUGCCGGAGACGCUCGGUCGCGAUCUCCCGCAGACUCUACGUCAGGGAGAGGACUUCGGCAAAGAACAAAGCUUCUGGACGCUACCCUGCUGCGAGCGACCGCGUUCGAAUCGACAUCGAUAUUAUCAUUCAACCGAACUAUAGUCAUUUUAAUUUUAAUUACAUAAGACCUCGACGUAAUCGUCGAGAAAAUAUAUUUAAAAGAAAAACGAAAGGAUCUUCCCAGUGAGAAAUGAUAAUGGAAUCGACAUCGAUUCGACGUCGGUUCCAUUGUCAUUUCUCACUGGGUUGCGCGAUACGUGAUAACAUAAAUAAUUAAGGUUUGUAUUAAUUAAUAAAGUUUAGAGAUAAGAGAAUGAUCUUCCAAUCGAGGAGCAUUUUUAGAAUUUACUUUUGAAAGUAAAUACAUUAUAACAAAGUUUACAAGAAAUUAAAAUAACUUGUUCUUUUAUUUUACACUGUUACUCGAUCACUUUUAGAUGGCAAUAGUGUGAAAUGGUAUUAAUAUCUUUCAAUUUACAAAGAAACUUCCAUAUUUGGCAGUGAAAGAUGAGAAAAAUGUGUCUUUAUGCAACGAACGUCGUACCAGCCUAUAUAUGUACAUUAUAAAUUAUCGAAGAUCUACUUACAUAGUUAAUUCAUUUCCUAUCGCCACUGGCAACUUCGCAAUAACUCUUGAAGUCCUUGAUGAUACAUCAAGAAAACGACGGCAGUCCUUUUAUUUGUUCGUAUAGUUUAUCUAGCCCAUUGUAUCCUUCCAAGAUAACAAAGCAACCUUCAUAUUUAAAUCUCGGUACGAAAAAUGAGUUGUCUUUUGCGUCGACGAAGUUGAGGCGUCAUUUUUCGAAAAGGCAAAAAAAUAAUGAACAAAGAGAUGAACAUCCCUUUAUCAUUUUUAAUUCCGUUGAGUAGCAAACGAAAAUAUGAAUAUUUAUUGUAUAUGUAUGUAAUAUUUACGUUUACUAGCGAGUAAACGAAACACGGCAUUUGGCACAUCAGGCUUUACUCUGUAUAACGUAAAAAAUUAGAUUCAUUGAUACAUUACAUCGAUCUCUCGGUGAUACGGAGAAGUCAGCUCGCUCAUCACUUCAGUCUCGCUAAAACUACACUUAAUAAAAUAGCUUUGUACACACAGAUGCAUCCCGAAAAAGAGCGAUGCAUCGAACGUCGAAAUCGCAUUGCGAGGAAACGAUUCGGAAAAGUAAUCUGGUAUUCUCGACAGUCGCAUCGACUUCGAAGUUGCUCAUUCACGUUCAUGUUCGUGUCCAUCCAAAUGUACACCUCAUUCUCCCCACUGGAUGCAUGGAUGCAAUUGAAUUCUUACUUGGUUUUU